AUGAACCAGAAGCGGAAGCACUUGAUCGUGACCGGAGAGAAACGAAACGAGGAAGACUAUCCGAGCUUCAAAGAUGUUGAUAGCAGCUGGGAAGAGAUGAAACAGGAGGUUCUCGACAAGAAGAAAAAAGCUAAGAAAAGCGCCGAGAAGGAUGAAAAGGCAGCUUCAACGACGAUUAACGAGAAAAAGGACAACGAGCAGCAUCUC